UUUCUAUUAAUGAACUCGAAAACAUCGAGAUGCCCUACUUGGCUCACUUCAAUUCCAAAAGAGCCUAAGUCAAUUUCUCGAAACUCUCGAAAUUCUUCAGUGAACUGAAGGAAAUCCAAAUUUAGAAUGAGAGAGAAUCAACAUGAUAAUUUGAGAGGGUAUGCAAUAAAGGUAUGUAUCUAUACACCUGGCUUUGCUUAAAGUAUUCAAGACAUGAUUAUUUUAGUCAUUUUAA